AUGGCAAGACAAUUAACACUAGAGUUGUGUAAUUACACGAGAAAGGUUCCUUCCAAUGUAGAAAUCCCACCCACUCCCAACUCGCAGUAUCCUUCCAAUGUAGAAAUCCCACCCACUCCCAACUCGCAGUAUCCUUCCAAUGUUGAAAUCCCACCCACUCCCAACUCACAGUAUCCUUCAAAUGUAGAAAUCCCACCCACUCCCAACUCGCAGUAUCCUUCAAAUGUUGAAAUCCCACCCACUCCCAACUCACAGUAUCCUUCAAAUGUAGAAAUCCCACCCACUCCCAACUCGCAGUAUCAUUCAAAUGCUGAAAUCCCACCCACUCCCAACUCACAGUAUCCUUUAUAUGUAGAAAUCCCACCCACUCCCAACUCACAGUAUCCUUCCAAUGUAGAAAUCCCACCCACUCCCACCUCACAGUAUCCUUCCAAUGUAGAAAUCCCACCCACUCCCAACUCGCAGUAUCCUUCAAAUGUAGAAAUCCCACCCACUCCCAACUCGCAGUAUCCUUCCAAUGUAGAAAUCCCACCCACUCCCAACUGA